AUAAUGGAAUUGAGCGAUUCGCUUUAUUGCAGGAACUACAAUCCCCGUACAUGUUUUUGUUGGGAUGUAUUUUGGAGCUGGACUUAAAGAAAAUGUGACUUCUGACAGUUGUAGGAAAAGCUGCUGUCUUUGUGGCGAUAAUUGGGCUAAUUCGUGUUUUGGUAUUUUUUUUUUACUGGCCUACAAAAAGCCACGAUGUUUGUAGUUUUACCUGAUCCUGGCUCUGUAUGACUGAUAAAAUACAGAGCAUCGUCUCUUGCGAAGAAAAAAAGACUGGAGGUCACACGGACAUUAUUAGAGAAUGUGGACAUCAUUCGGCAUUUGAAGGAUGUUUUGGGAAAUAUCAAGGGCUGUGCUGCAGUACCGCAGAUGGAGCUGCUUUCUAAAAAGGAAUCACAGCUUUCUGCCAGAUGAUGUCAAAUCACUGCGGUCUGUGGUCAACCCUGAUGUGUCCAAGAUCCGCAACAUCGGCAUCAUGGCCCACAUUGACGCGGGAAAGACCACCACCACAGAGAGGAUGCUUUAUUACUCUGGCUAUACCAGAGCAUUGGGCGAUGUGGAUGAUGGUGACACAGUGACCGACUUCAUGGCUCAAGAGCGUGAGCGUGGAAUCACCAUCCAGUCUGCGGCGGUUACGUUUGACUGGAAAGGCCACAGAUUCAACCUGAUAGACACCCCAGGUCAUGUGGAUUUCACUCUGGAGGUAGAGCGGGCUCUCCGUGUUCUCGACGGUGCUGUGGCCGUGUUCGAUGCAUCUGCAGGUGUUGAGGCCCAGACUUUGACUGUGUGGAGGCAAGCAGAGAAGCAUCACAUUCCGUGUGUUUGUUUCCUCAAUAAGAUGGACAAGCCUGCAGCCAACCUGAGUUUUUCCAUUGAGAGCAUCAGACAGAAGUUGAAAGCCAAUCCAGUCCUCCUUCAGAUUCCAGUCGGUAGAGGCAAGAAUUUCUCUGGCGUAGUUGACUUGUUGACCAAUCAGAGGCUGACGUGGAAGAUGAACAAGCGGGAGGACGACGGGCGCUUUUUUGCCGCCAAACCUCUCAGCGAGGUGAAGGAACCGGAGCUCAUGGAGGAGGUCCGCCAGGCCAGGGCAGCUUUAAUUGAGCAGGUCGCAGAUCUGGAUGAUGACUUUGCUGAGGUGCUGCUGACGGACUUUGGGGACAACUUUGAUGCCGUUCCUUCAAUAAAACUCCAAGAGGCCCUGCGGCGGAUCACUUUGGCCCGUAAAGGAGUCCCGGUGCUCUGUGGCAGUUCUCUGCACAACAAAGGCGUUCAGCCUCUCCUGGACGCCAUCGCCGCCUUCCUGCCGGCCCCCGACGAGAGGCCCCACGCCCUGGUACGCUGGUACAAGGACGACUUGUGCGCUCUGGCCUUCAAGGUUCUCCACGACAAGCAACGCGGCCCUCUGGUCUUUCUGCGCAUCUACUCGGGCACACUGAAAGCACAAACGGCGCUCCACAACAUCAACAGGAACAGCACCGAGAGGAUGAGCAGACUUCUCGUGCCCUUUGCUGACCAACACGUAGAAAUCACUUCCAUGACGGCGGGAAACAUCGCUCUGACUGUUGGACUCAAACAGACGGUAACAGGAGACACCAUCGUCUCAUCAAAAGCGUCUGCUGCAGCCGCCGCCCGUCGGGCGCACAAUGAGGGAAAAACAAGCAAGGGACGUGGCCAACAAACCAGCGUGGUCCUUUCAGGAGUGGAAGUCCCCGAUCCGGUCUUCUUCUGCACCAUUGAGCCGCCCACCAUGGCCAAACAGGCUGAUCUUGAGAACGCGCUGAACAACCUCCAGAGAGAAGACCCCAGUCUCAAAGUCAGGCUCGACCCGGAUUCUGGACAGACUAUCUUGUGCGGGAUGGGAGAGCUGCACAUCGAGAUAAUCCAGGAUCGCAUCCGACGGGAAUACGGCAUUGAGACUCACCUGGGCCCUCUCCAGGUCGCGUACAGAGAGACUAUUCUCCAUGAAGCCUCUGCUACAGACACGCUGGACCGCACAGUCGGCGAGAGGAGACACGUGGUGACAGUGGAGCUGGUCGUCCAACCAGGUGACGAGUCGUCUCAAGUGGCGUUUGUGGAGGACGCCGCCGGGAUGUUGUCUGACAGCGUGAGAGAGGCGGUGGAAAACGGACUGCAUAGCUCGUAUCUCCAAGGUCCCCUGCUGGGCUACCCUGUACAGGGAGUGUCCACCCGGAUCCAAAGCGUCAACACAGAACCGGGAACGUCUCCAGCCAUGGUCUCUGCCUGCGUGUCUCGUUGCAUGCUCAAGGCCCUGAGGCUCGCUGGAGGACAGCUGCUGGAGCCCAUAAUGUCCUUGGAGGUGACUGUGGAGGAGGAACACCUCGGUACCGUGCUGGCCGACCUGGCCCAGAGACGAGGGACGGUCAGGGACAUCCAGAGUCGUCAUGACAACAAGGUGCUGCUGGCCAGUGUGCCUUUGGCGGAGACGAGGGGCUAUUCCACUAUCCUGCGCACGCUGACCUCAGGGAAGGCCACCUUCUCCUUGGAACUGGACACCUAUGAGGCCAUGAGCACACAGGACCAGAACGUACUCCUAAGACGCACGGCUGGUUUUCUGUAACCACAUAAGCUAUUCAUGUAUUUCCCUCUUCCUGCUGCCUGUCUUCAGAUUCCCUUGUACUCGUAAGGGCAGUAGCUGGAGAACAGCGGCUCAGCGGGGAUGCCGCGCCUUCGAUGACAAAACAAUAAUUCCCAUGUGCAUCUUUGUUCAAGAAAAACUGCACUUUUUUUUGCAAUUUUGCCCAUUCUCCACAAUCGUUACGUGAAACAUGACGUUAUGCAUGUAACGGGACACCUAUUCAGACUACAAUGCCCUAAAAAACUCCAAAAUGUUCUAUUUACAUAACUGACCUGUAUAUAAACCAAGCUACAGCGACACUGUGAUUGUAGCAGCCAACACGAAGAACUAUUUUUCCGGCGAUGUAUCACAAUCAACAUCAUGGUGACUUACUCCAUGGACAGUUGUCCAUCUGGUCCAGCUGGUCUGGGGGCGUCUUUUCCAGUGGAUUUUGGAUAGGUGGAAAAAAAAAGUUUCUACCACUGCAGGGUUUGUUAGCGCUAACAAUUCUUAGUUCGUUGUGAUGCAAUGUCCUCGCCGUACACACGAAGGCUUUCCAUCGAUGGUAACACCGUAUGCCGCUCAGUGCAGCAGAAACACUCCCAUUUCUGCCGGCAUGGCUUGGCAAGCUCCACAUUUACACCACCAAGUCAUGCCGGUCCUGCCUCUCUCGGCCCCCACCUGCUCCGACGCUUCACUCUUCUCUUGCCCACUCAGCUUCUAAAACCUGCAGCUCAUCCUUUGUCCAAAAGUAGUCGGUGGUGGCGGCUCUCUCAACGUCUGCCGUGAUUAAUGGUAGCAAACAUGCUGCUGUUGUUGACGGAGGUAGCGUUAUAGUUCUUAUCUAUGUUGCUAUGUGAAAUCAAUGCGCCCAGGAAAGAAGUCCCGGUAAUGUAGAAGUUCCGGUGAUGUUUAAAAUGAUCAAAAUACAGCAAAAUGCUGUAAGUCUUACAUGUUAUCAUGAAGGUACCUGUAGUACAGCAUGGAUAUAGAACCAUAAAACCUUCUUUUUUAGGGCUUUAUAGUCUAAAUAGGUAUGUCCCAUUACAGCUCCCUCAUGCUAACAGUUUUUCUAGAUUUAAGAGUUUUGAUUGUUGUAUAUGUAGUAAAACAGGUGGUUAAUUCUUGUUGUGUUCAUUGUCCCAAAAAAAAGAAAGAAAACACAAGAAAAUGAAUAAGAACAAAAGAAACAUUAAUACCACCAUUAAUACCACCAUAAAUUAAGCAACAAGAACAGAAGAGACAUGAAUACAAACAAACAAAUAAAUAAAUAAAUAAAUAAAGUGUUAUGGGUGUGUCCUCUUAGAACGCGCAGAGAAGGGAAAGAAGUGUGUUCAUGUUUCACAUAAGGAUUGUGGAUGGCCGCUUUUCCUUUAAGGACGAUGCGUGGUUGGAUGUUACUCACUCGACCAUGCGACAGCGAUGCACUGACAGUCUGUUGUAGGCGUCGCUGAUGUCUGUCACGGUCUUGGCGCUCCACAGACGCUCGGCCACAGCGCUGGCACGGGGCCUGCAGACGAUCAUGGUGGUCAUGUGACACAUAGUGUAAAUGAUUGUUUUUAGGAUCAAAGGUUGGCUGGGAUAUCAUUUAUUGUUUCUUUUGUGUAGUCGGUGUGGACCAUUUAGACAUGUUUUUGGGCAAACACCACACACCACGUACUAUUACUACACAGAGUGGUACGAAAUGAAUGGAGUGAAGUUCCCAGAUUGGCAAAGUUAGCACGUUAAUACCAGGAAUUGUGACAAUGACAUGCUUGUAUUUUUACUUUAUUUUGUUAUACUUGGCUCGUGCAUGUGAGUGGUAAGAUUUAACAUUUUUACAUUCAGAAAAAUGUCUUUUCUUGGGUAUUUCAGGUUUUCCUGAUCCUCGGUUUCAUUUCUCAGGAAAGUUAUCCAAGUCUUACCAGAGUCUGGGUGUGAGGUUGGUGGCGUCCACGUACUCCCCCCACAAGCAGGCUUCUCCACCAAUCACAAGCUUCUUCUGUUCAUCAGUUCCUGUUUUGGCACGGAAACACAGUCAGGACUCUGUGUUCAUGAUGACUAUGAUGCAAUAAAAUGUUUUCCUGCAAGAGGUGCAACAGGCUUACACUUAACUGCACAGGAGUGAUCGUAAGGUUUUGUGUCUGCGUAGCCGAGUUCUGAUACAGUAAGAGCCGAGCAAAGUCAUUCGUGGCCUUUUACAGCUAAGGCGUGGAAAUCAUGUCUGACAAAAGGAACCUCUCCAGUCGGAAAAAAUAUCUGUAAAAGUGACAGCAGGCUUACAGCCACCCUCAAAAGGACUAAAGCGGUGUUUACACUUACACGCAUCUUGCCUCCGCAUUGUCUGCGAUUUGCCAUGGCAAUACGCGUCAUGUAUUUAUUUACAGCACGAAAUUGUCCAUAGGUAUGAAUGUGAGUGUGAAUGGUGCCCUACGAUUGGCUGGUGACCAGUCCAGGGUGUACCCUGCCUCUCACCUGAAGGCAGCUGGGAUAGGCUCCAGCAUACCCCCACGACCCUAAUGAUGAUAAGUGGCAUAGAAAAAGGAUGUGUGGCAUGAAAUGACCACGCACGACUUAUUUACACCUUGACAAGUAGUGUUUAUGUCUAGUGUGUGUGACAAUAGCACGCGCAACGCUCAUUGUUUACAUGUCGGUUGCGGCGCGUUCACGACUAUUUCACUGAAAUUAUGAGUGCCACAAAUGUUGAACAUUUCAAAAUGUUCUUUGCGCACUGGCAUGCAGCACCGCGCUUUUUACACAUGCUUCACAUCUGUUUACCACCAAUUUACUCAUUGGCAAGCAAAAUUGCGUACCCCUGCGGGGACGAAGUGCAUGCAAGUGUGGCUUAGACAGGCUUUAGACAUGGAUUCUCCGUUAUUUCCUAUGGGAACAAAUCAGGGUGUGUUGGACCCUAGAGGUGUCCACUGUACUUUGGCGCUCAUGCUGACACCAACCCUGGAAGUCCUGGGGAUCGGCCUUGUAAUGGCCCUGCCAGUCCUGGCCGUAGGCGAUACGGUUCAGGUACCAGGGGGUGGAGAGCAGGGUCUGGUACCCCGACGACGUGACUUUUGCCAUCUCAUUCUGGUAUUGCUGCUGGGUCCCUUUCCACACGUGGAUGAGUGUGUCUGCUUUCAGCUACACAACACACACACACACAGGAAAAGCAGCGUUGUCAUAAAUACCGUUCAAAUGAGCCUUGCCUUUGCCCCUCCCUGUUCUCUUUGCGUGUACUUUUAAGUGUAAGCCUGUUGAUGAAAAAGCAAACAGGUCGCCUGACUGACCGUUAAAGUUGAGCGGUUCAACCGUGUAGUACUUCUGCCAGUCCUGGGCGUAGCUAAUGUAAUCUAGGUACCAGGGGGCCGAGAGGAUGGUGGUGUACCCGGCGGCCGUCACGUUGUGCAUUUCCUCGUCGGCCCCGCCACCCAUCCACACGUGAACGACGGUGUCGGGGUUCAACUGCAACGGUUCAGCUGCUGUGUUUAGGUUAAACUCACUGGUGUACAAACAACAACAAACUUUGUAGAGUUUGUUGAAGAGAGUGAAACUUAAAGGUAUAAAGAUAAGGACUGCCACCAGACGGCCAGCUAAAAAUAACCAUCUGUAGUCGCUGGAUCAUCUGAUUCAUUCAUCAGCAAAUUCCCAUGAAUUGUUGACAACUACUUUGGUCUUCUUUAAAGGGUCCUUAAAUACUGUAUAUUUUUUCUGUGGCUAUUUUGCACAAAACAUAACGUAAUAUGGAUGAGGGGGCAGCAGCACUUCCUGCUGGUGGGGUCUGUCAGGUAGGUUUAAAAUUCACUUGGAACAGGGGUGUCCAAAAUGCAACCCAGGGCACAUUCUAAAAAUAUGAAAUAUAUUCAAAAAUGAAAACAUUUGCAGUAAUUUUACAAGAAUGGAGUCAAAAAGAGAAAAAAGUUGUCUUCUAAUAAGAAAAUAUUUUUUUACAAGAAUAAACUCAUAAUAUUAUGAGGAGAAAUAAUGUCAUUUUAGUACCAUAAAGUUGAAGUAUUAACCCCCCCAAAAAACACAAAAUAAAGUUGUCACCUUUGGAAAAUUAGGUUAGGGAAAAAGUUAUAUGGGAAUAAAGAAAAAAUUUAAUGUGAAUAAAGUUAUAAUAUUACGAAAAGAAAAUUAACAAAAAUUAUUAAAAGAAAAUAGUUGAAAUAUUUGGUAAAUAAAAAAAAAAACCAACAUAAUUGGGGGGAAAAAAAGACCACAGACCACAAAGCUGAGAUGCAGUUUUUUUUAAAAUAUACUGGACAUAACUUCUUAGCAUAUCUACUACAAAAUAUCAAAGUGUCAAAGUUACAUCGUUUCAUUUUUCACGAUGUGACCCUCGCUGGAAAAAUUUGGACACCUCUGAGUUAGAAUGUAAAUCAUACAAGUGCUAAAGUAUCACUACAGCUAAUGAAUUAGCAUCACCAAGAACAAAUGAGUGCACCUUUAACAUUCCUUCUCAUCUUUUACCUUAACGCCAUUGUCGAAGACCUCCUGCCAGAUCAUGUAGCCCUUUUUGGUGGAGGCCACGAUGUCCAAAAGUCUACAGAACAAAUCUUCAAAUUAUUGAAGAUACAAUAUUUGUCAAUUGUAAUCACAUAUUAUAUCAAAAUACGCAAGCCACCUUUGAAUAUAAAAGGAUUCCAGCUUCCCGUAGUCUUGUCCGAAACCUUGCUGCUCCAUGAACCUCUGGAUGUCAGGGUUGGACUUCCUGCAGGAAAAUAGGAAACGUUGGUUGGAACGUUUGUUGCCAAGGAGAUGUCAACAACAACAGGAAGAAGUAUACAAUAAGAGCCGGGUCGCACCAGCAGGUGAAGUCCACCUCGUCGCCUCCCAGGUGAACGUAGGCAUCAGGGAAGACGAUGCUGAUCUCCUGGAAGAGCUGGCUCAUGAAGUCGUACGUGGUGUUGAGGAUGGGGUUGACCGGGCCAAAGCUGCCCGACGGUUUGGAUCCGGCGAAGCAGGGCGUCAGCAGGUCUGACUGUCCUGGGAAGAGAGAGGAUAAAGGCUGAGCCCGUUACUUUUUGAUAAAAUUGGGAAUAAAAACGAAGUCUGAUAAUACAAACCUUUUCCCCAAGACUGCGUGUGACCUGGCGUGUCAAACUCUGGAAUGACCCGGAUGCCUCGGAGGCGAGCAAACUCGAUAAUCAUCUUCACGUCGGCCGGAGUGUACACAUGAGUGUACGGGUGAUACGCUCCCUGAGGAAAGCAAUUAAAAAAAUAAUAACUUGAUUCCUUCUCCCUGCUUCCUCACCAUUACAUGUCAGGCAUCUUCAAAGGGCGAGUACCGGUUACGGUCUGACUCGCGCUAAACUCAUCACACAGCGACUUAACACUCAAAAGGGAGCUAGGAAAUAGACAAGUACCAAUACGAGUUUAAAAUUAAAAAACAGCUAUUUUAACUUUUUCCCCAUAAUUCACUGCAUCCAAGCAAAGCAUUCAUUGGAGGACAAGCGGCAUAGAAAAUGGCUGGAUGGAUGGUGCUGCAAUGCUGCCUCUGUCCACCAGAGGAGCCCUCAGGGAGGCUGACAUCAUUGCAGUGCCCUGGCAGGCACCAAUUCAUUAAAUGAAUUUAAUUUCAAAAUUCUUUAUUGCACAAGCCUAGUCGGUACAGUUAAUAAAGACUAUACAGUAAAUGGCCACAGUUUGACCCUGGAACAGAUUAAUUACUAUCCUAAAGGUUGGAACAGAUUCUACCCGAAUUAAGAGCCUCCCUGACCUUCUGGCUGAGCUGCGGGAAUUUUCGGCUCAGGUACGGGAAGGAUGGAUCGUCGACGAUGUGCCAGUGAAAGACAUUAAACUUGUUCAUUGCCAUGGUUUCCUGGAGUUCGGGGUAUGACAGAUGAGAGCCAAAUAAACUGAAGCAUAUAAAUAUUUGGGAAAGGAGCUGCGUUAAGUCAUGUACCAGGUUGGCCAAAAUGACUUUGACGGGCAGGAAGUGUCGAGAGGUGUCCAGCAAGAUGCCUCGAUGCGCAAACCUGGGGAAGUCACUGAUGGAUGUUAAAUUGACAUUUUUCUGAAAAGACAAAGCAACAUUGAAAGUUAUGUUGCAUGAAGAUGAACAAAAUAACAAUAAAAAUAAAAUGGUCUACUUACUGCACCAAAUUCAUCUUCGUACACCAACUGGCUAAACGUUUCCAGGCCUGAAUGAAUGAGACGGAAUGAUCAUGUCAUGAAUAUCAGAAAAAUGUAUUGGGUGAAAUGAAUGACGUAUUAGAUCGGGGUGUCCAAAGUGUGGCCCAGGGGCCAUUUGCAGCCCGCUGCUUGUUCUUUUGGCCCGCGGAAAACUGGAAAAAUAAAUAAUAAAUAAAUAAUAAUAAUAUAAAUAAUAAUAAAUAAUAAUAAUAAAUAAUAUAAAUAAUAAUAAUAAAUAAAUAAACAGCACAAAUAGGAAAAACAGAGCAAAACGCAAAGAGUUUGGUUGAUACUUGAUUGAUGUUUAUGAUAAUAACUCAUAAUAAAAGAAGGCUUCGUCUUUAAAAAAAAUAAAACAUACUGUAUGCCAUAUAUACACACAUACACACACACACACACACAUACACACACACACACUAGGUCCCCAACUUACGAACAUCCGACUUGCGAACAUUCGCGGAUACGAACACAAGCCGACUGGUCUAUAUUUUAUUUUAUUUUACCUUGUAGUCGCUCAAUCAGUAUUUCUACUGCUACUGUACAUGCUUGACCAGUAGAGGGCACUGUGACACUGCUAAUGGGACCAACAGACGCUGGGCAGAGAAAGCUACCGUAAAUGCAAAGCUAAG